AUGAAAGAAGCGUUCCCAGGCAGAAGGAGCAGCAGCCCCGGGGCCUCCUGGAAGCAGCUGCUGUUCCGCAGGGAUGACACCGCUCCCGGGGUGCGGAGCGUCCUGCUGGAGUGGGGUGGACGGAGCUGGACGGAGGAUGGGCACCUGUCCUGGAGGGCCGCCUCCUCGAUGAGGGAACACGUUGGCAUCAGGCCCUGGCAGCGGCUGAGCCACCACCCGGGGGCCCACCUGGCCAAGCACUUGGAGCCAUGAAGAGCUGUACGACGCCCCCCUGAAUGCCUUCACCCCUCCCCUUCACCAUGCCCCUGGCCACCCAAGUUUGUGGCCAAAUUCUGUAAAGAGAAGCUGACGCUGGGCACCAAGCAGAGCUAUUGGAUUUGCAAGCUGGCAGACUUGUCCCGUGCGGGCAUAGUCCUGUUCAGUGACACUAGAGACCCCAUCUUUAACGAUACAUACAUAGUUCAGAAAUGCACGCAACCUCCACACAUAGGCAGGUGCCAGCGUGACCUUCCCGUCUGCAUCUACAUCACCAGCGUUAAGCCUUCCACCACUUACCUGCACCAGGGAGGCCUGGCGCUGUUGGCUAUGGAAAAGUUUCAUCUCAGUACCAUGCAGGACUAUUACUCUCAUCUGACCAACAGCAGCAUCCAUCCACGGGGCCCCUCCUGGGAGAUCAACGAAGUGGCGGGCCACGGACGCAAGUGGACGCCCUCCAGGCUUUUCUCUUAUCUCGGUCACUGGGAUGUGGACAAUCUGUUUUGUGGAAGAAGAUCAACUUCUCUGCGAUCCUCACCACCUCACCAUGGCUCCUCUGUCCCAACCACCAUCAAUUGCUUUGAGCUCUUUGGAUUCGAUAUCUUGGUCAGUGACACCUUGAAACCAUGGCUCUUAGAAGUCAUCUACAGCCCUGCCUUGUCAUAAGAUUGUUCCACAGAUGUGUCAGUGAAGAGAAGACUGGUCCAUGCUAUUAUCCGACUGAUCUGUAACAGUCUAAAGCGUGAGGAGAGGGAACGGGCCGCGGGGCUGAGGGACCAGGGAGGCCUCACGCACCUCCUCAGCCCCCAGCCGGGCCCAGACGCCCACACAGGCAACGUUGCCCUCAUUUUACCUUUCAAUGAAGCGACUUUUGGGGCUUCCAGGAAUGGAUUUGUCAAAUGAAUAAUCCAAGAGUUCCAAAAAAGAACGGAUAACAUUUCCAAGUGGCCCAAAGUAAAAACAACACAAGAUGAGACUGAGAGCAGCCUGUCUACAGCGGCUGGAAGAAGAGGCUCCGCCCCUCCCAGUGCCCACAUGCCCCCAGAGGCUCCACCCCCUCCCAGUGCCCACAUGCCCCCAGAGGCUCCGCCCCCUCCCAGUGCCCACAUGCCCCCAGAGGCUCCGCCCCCUCCCAGUGCCCACAUGCCCCCAGAGGCUCCGCCCCCUCCCAGAACCCACAUGCCCCGAGGCUCCACCCCCUCCUAG